UGGUAAAACUGACAUAACAAGCGACAUUUUAUUAUCAUUCAUUUACAGGAGUUAACUGCUGCGAAUCGCCAGGAAUGUCCACCAUUUGGCUACAGAUUGGGCAAUGUGGCAAUCAAGUCGGACAGGAAUGGUGGAAGCUGGUUACCAAUGAAAAGGCUCCAAAUUCUACCUUGGACAGGUAUCCAUUCCGUGCACCUGAUGGGAAGCUGAGUGCCCUGUGUGUGGACAGUGAGCCCAAAGUAGUGAGGAGUUUGCUCCGGGAAGUAAAGAGUGGGUCAUUCAGAGAUUCGAACAUUUCCCUUGGUCUGAGAGGAAGAGGCAACAACUGGGCUCUUGGGUAUCAUGGGCUGAAGAGAGAGGAUGACAACAGUUUGCUCCAUCGCACUUUGGACAGCUUCCGGAAGGAGGUGGAGCGACGUGAUGCCUACAGUGGGGUCGUACUGUUACACAGUCUGACUGGUGGCACAGGAUCUGGAUUGGGUGCACACUUGUGUGAAUCAAUCCGGGAGGAGUUUCCAGUGGGUUACAUUCUCUCUGUGACGGUCGCUCCACACCAGGUGGGGGAAAGUCCACUCCAACAUUACAAUUCCCUGCUCUGCCUUUCUUGGCUUCAGAGGUAUGCUGAUGGGGUACUCCUGUUUCACAAUGACGAUGUGUUGCGCAGAAUGCAGGUCUUGUGUGGAAAGAAGAUUGACCAUGCCCCAGCUCUACAGCCGCCAAUUUCCUUGUCGGACAUGAACACACACAUUGCUUCCUGCCUGGCUGGAUUGAUGUACCCAGUAAGCAACCUCCGAACCCAAAGUGCUGUCAGCAUUGGUCUGGAGCCUUGGGAGCUGUUGAGAACUGUCUGUCCCGUGCCAACUACCAAGUUCCUAUAUACAAGCCAGGUGAACCGGAGGGGAACUGCAUCCUGGGAUAGUAUGCUGUCCUCCAUUGUGCGUACUCUUCCACGUCAUUCACCCACUGGGGAUGUUUAUCAGAGCACAGCAGUUCUAGCUGUGGCACGUGGAAACAGAGCUGAGACAUUUAAUUGCUCACUACAGCCCAUCAUGAUGAAAAUGAAACAAGGAUAUGGAUGUGUUUCAUGGAACUCUCAUCCCUUGGACUCUUGGACAGAUCCUUGCAAUAUUGUUGACCUGAUGUCGUCCAGCCAUUCUCUGACCAUUUGUGCCAACCACAGCAGUGUGUCAGAUUAUAUUCAGCGUGUCCUAGAGAAGGCCCAGACCAUGUACGAUGCCCAUGCCUACCUCCAUUGGUACUGGAAACAUGGUUGUGAAGAGGAAGAUUUCAUGCAGGCCUUUGAGAUCCUGGACUCAGUGGUGAAGGAAUACAUUGCUGCAGGAGAUCAUUGACCAUCCAUCUCACAAACGUACAUGUGUUAUUGUUAAGUGUUGGUAAGAGGAGAAGUGAUGGCUUUUCUCCUCCAGGACUAUUUUCCAGCUCAGUCUCCUGGUUUGAAAUAUGGUUGGGCAGUCAGAGUCAGAUUUUCAUGUGAGCAAUGGAAAAAUGUAAUACUUGUUCAUUCUGAAAUUGUGGCUAAGGCAGUGUUUGAAAUGGGAGUUUUACUCUGUAUCCAACUAAGCUGUAUCUGACUAUGGUCUUCUGGGACUAUGCCGACUCUAUCUUCCCUGACCUUGGAAUGCAGUAUGUUUUCAGCACAACAUUCAACUCAGACCUAUCUUUCAAUAUGGAACAUGCUAACUAAUUGCAGUUGCACCAGUGGUUUUGUCUUAUGUGCAGAGGUCCCAGGUUUAUUGUUUGGUCUAUAGUGGUACUGAGAGUAUCCCACGGUGGUUGAGUACUUGCAGAAUGGGAAAUUCAAUUCACAAAUAGUACUCACGCAUGUGAUCAUUGUCCAGAGAUCAGCUAACUCAAUAGAGACUGCUGAAUGAAUCCUGAACCAUAUACAAAGAUUGAAUUACUGAAUACAGGCAGAAAGUUGCCUUUAAGUGUACACUAGCUAGUACAUUUAUUUACUUGGUGUCCAGGGCUGACUCCAUGUCUGAGAACUACAUUGAGAACAAACCCAAUUUAAAACUAAACAUGCUUGCGGGUAGUAAAACACAAUAUGAGAUUUUGAUUGAUUUAUUUAACUUUGUACAAACCUUGAUUUGGGGAUGCUGGCCUUAAAUUUGUUGCCAGCUUUUUGUUUUAGAAAAAACAUGUUAUUGAGCAGUAUUUAUGCUGGACGGUCCUUUUUGGCUUUAUUUUCUAUUAGUAUAACUGCUAGGUAACACUGAAGAUAGAGGGUGGUUUGUUCUUGAUGGUUUGGGUGAUUAUUCCUGGCUUCUUCCUUAUGGUUACUGGUUGAGGCUGAGCCAUGGCACUGAGGUAAUUUUGCUGGAAGGAAGAAAACCACAUUGUGAAAUUGCAAACUGACUAGCUAGACACAUAAAUCGUAAUUUUACAGAGCCUUGGUCUCACUUUCUGGAGUUUUGCAUUAAAUCUUAGGCGCUAAAGUUUCAGUUAAAAAUAUAUUGGAAUAACAGAAAGAACUGCAAAUGCUGGAAAUCAGAAAUUAAAACACAAAUUACUGGAAAAUCACAGCAAAUCUGGCAGAAUCUGUGGAGAGAAAUUAGAGCUAACAUUUUGGGUCCAAUUACCCUUCUUCAGAACUGGAGAUUUUGUAGAGUUAUGUAGGUAUUGCAGGUACAAUGUAGGUUUAUCAGCCUUUUACCAGGAAUUAAUGGGCUAAACAAACUUGGCUUGCGUUCACAUAGAAAAUACUAGAAAUAUUCUGCAGAUCUAAUGGAUGGAGAAGGAGACUUAGUAUUUCAAAUUAAUUACCUUUCUGAUGAAAAUGAAAUUCAGAGGCUGGAACCCAAUCUAGGCCAUUGGGAACAGGGUUUCUGGAGAUGUUAGACUCGUAAGAAUGGUGCAUUCUAUGAAGGAAACCUUUCAGGUCAUGGCGAUGCCAUGUCAUUCUCAGUGGUGAAAGGUCUGGGCCUAACAGUAGCAGCCAAGCUGCCCAAGUCCAUGUUCCAGGUUUCUCUCAUUCUUUUUCUCGAACAUCCCCUUUGCUUCAAUUAUUUAUUCAAUUCUUACUCUAAAAGGUACAAUGGCCUUCCUGAGGCAAAUAUUUUCCUGUAGG